CACCGCUCUCUCGCCCUACCGUGACAGGUCUUAUCCAUCGAGACAGAUCCGGAAAUCCAGGAAGGCAAUAUAUCAUAAGAUUAAGUUAAACGGCUGACUGUUGAGGAUCGUUCGCGGGCGUGAUUCACACCGACAACUCGGAGAGGAGGACCCGGAAGAUGUAUCAUGUAUGUAUGCGCGUUUGUUUCCCCCCAACGGAUGGGAUGGGUCACGAUUUUGCGCAAUUGUAAGUUCCCCUCCGUAGUUCCUUGUAAAAGAUAGAAGUUCGGAGAAAUAAACAAAAAGGAACAAAACAUCAGCGACAGAAGUCGGUCUUAUUGCAUGGUGGCUGCCGCAGUGCUCUCACCCACAGCUGACUCUGUGUUGUGUAUCUGUUUUGCCUUAUUCAAACCGAAUGCUCCAGUCCGACUGGACGGAGACGCAUUUGAUGCAGAAACGUCCUUUGACAUUCAGUAACUAGACCGGAGGUGAAACGCGACAAGAUGAAGCGCGGCGCGACAGACUGGAAAAGACUGACCCCAUAUCUGAAGAGGCGACCCGUCCGAGAAAGAACACGAGCAGAGUCAAACCUGCAGAAUCUUCUGUACAUGUUCCAGGGAAGCGAGCAAAGAAGAAAAAAAAGAAAACACAGACGUAUCCUUGUGGCGGGCCUUGUCCGCACAUCGCAAGCCUCGUUGACCGAAGAGGCAGAUCAGGUUCUAGAAAACAGACAUGUCGAAAUCACGGCCGAGGUCCGUGUGGAUCGUCAUGAUCCCUGCUGCAGCCCCGGCUGGAGAUCGAGCCGAGCUUUUCAGAAACGGCAAAAUAGGCCCUCUAGCUGUGUCCUGGUGCCCUAUGCAAGGGAUGAAAGCUCGCUUCUAUCAGGAGUUGAUCUGAGCGUUUGUACUCUGCUUUCUCUCGAUCCGUUGCUCCCAGGAAGGCCGCAAUUUCUAAGGACGCUUCGACGGGGACGUAUACCGCGGAAUACACAUUGACCAUGGCCGAUCGGAUCAAAGGCUGGCUUGCUAAGCAAUCCGAAAGCAUCAAAUUAGCUGAAUGAAGAUAACCACUGAUGAGACCAAGAUGGGGGGCUCGAUUGUCCCCAGCAGCAUUUGCUUCAGGCAGCAAUGAAAGGAUCUGAUUUUCCCUGGUGUCAGCCCGGCAAAGAACACCAUCUGAUCUCACGGUCCUGGUCCAAGUUGGAACCCGGCAAGGAACUCAUCAGGAAAUCGGCCGCCCUGAGGCGUUGAGCACAGUCGUACAGUCACAGGAUGAUGGGGAAAAAAGAGGAUGCCUGAUUACGGAGCAGGUGUAGUAGGACGAUCGCAGGGCAAGGGCCUAAGGAUCGAACCAUGGUGGCGAACUGACAAAUCCUGGAAAUGCUUUAGGGAAC